GGAAGUAGCUUACUCCCUUCCUAGCUUAACGAUAAUUGUCCAGCGGGAGGACUGGGAGUGAUAUGGGUCAUUUGCGUUUUUCCAUCUCUGUCGCCGCUUUUGUAAAGAAGCGGUUGAUGUUGUUUACAGGUGUUUGAGUAGGCGAGGCAUGUUUACGCCUCUUUAACGUUCGGUUUGUUUAUAAAAAAUGUUUCCUGGUACUUUUUCUCGUCUGGUUAGCGGCUCCUCACACCAACGUUAGCUUGAACCAAACUUGCCACCUCCUCAGACGACUGGAUUUUAUCUGUGUUUUGUUGUAUUUUCGUCGGUAGGAGAAACGAGUUUCGUUACGAACUACACUGAUCAUUUACUAAAUGAGACGAGGAGGAAAUGACUCUGCUUGCUCAUAGACAUGAAAAGUCAUUAAAAAGCAAAAAGCUAAGGCGUCCUGUGGAUAAUCUCUGAACCGAGAAAUACCUGAUCAAGUGCAUUGUGUUGUUGUGAACCCUCUGAUGUCGGUGCUCAUGGAGACCUGGGGGUGAGCAGAGACCCUCUCACCAUGCUGGCUCUGAGGGUGGAGCCAGGCCGGCGAGGGCACGAUGAGGGUGAUCUCUUGCAGAAGGAAGCCACUGCUGCUUGGCAGGGCCGGCAUUCAGGGAGGCCAGCCUCCCAGGAGAAAGGCAUUAGCAUUAAGGACAAGAUCUCCCAGUGGGAGGUCCUCAGUCAGCAGAGCAGCAAUCCGGGUGCAGGAGCGAAAGCUCACCCUCCUGCUGUGUCCCGAACUUUCUCAGGAGACCUUCUAGGUAACGGCUAUUCCAGCGAGAGCACCAGAGCAGGGCUUUAUGCACAAAAGGGCCACUCAAGGACACAAAGCAUAGGAUUAGACUUUAGGGAAUCUCCCGUACGUGCUGCUCUCGGUGUGGUCGGCCGGAAAUCCGAACCUGUACAGAAAUGUUUCGCUCAAUUAGCUUCUAAAAUGGAAGAAAACAACAAUUGUCCUAUCACAGUCUUUUCAGAUGUAGAAAUAGUCUGUAAACCUCUACCUCAGUCAGCUGACGACCAGGAAGACAACAUGCCUGCUGGGAACUUCUACACUUCACGGGGCUUCUGGCGGAAGCUGGAGGGGGAUGGGCUGUUCUGGGAGAAGAGCAGGACUUCUGCAGGUGAAGUUCUCCCUCCUCCAAAACCUCAGCGCACCUUCCAGUAUCGCGGAGUCAACAGUACAAAAACGGGUCACACAGCUGGGGGGCACGCCGGAUCCACUCAUGACAACAAUCAGAGAAGCAGGAGGACGGCAAAGCCACCGAACUUUCCACCGCCGCCGUGUCCCGUGUCAAGGCAUAAAAAGAACAGGAAGUCCUUCGAGUAUGAGGAUGCGGCACAUCUGACGACCCAGCAGGGCUCUCCGGGAAAUGAGGACCAGCAGCCGAGUCUUUACCAUGCCUACUCUGAUGACAAUAUUUAUGAAGAUAUCGUGUGCGAAGGGAGCAGAGACGACUCCUACGAGGAUGUCAAGCUGUCUACCAUGUGUCUCCCUGUCUUAAGGUCUCACGUCCCGAAGCUCUCUCCCAAACUCCAGUCCCUACACGGAUAUGCUGGCAAAGUGGAGAGGAAGGUGUUCCAGACGUUAGCCGCAUCCAAAUCUUCAACCAUCGCAGAUGUUCCCAAACCACCCACACCUCGACACGCCAACACUCAGAAAACCACCCGGACACCUCAGUAUGUCAGCAAGAUAGAAACCAUUUUUGAUGACAAGAGUGGCAGAAAGAGAGCAAAGAACCAAGGCAUCUCAGUGCGAGCCGAGGAGACCAGCGGGACAGAGAGUGACCCUGAAGACAACGCCAAAGCCGGUUCCAGAAGAUCGGUUUACGUCCAGUCCACGCUGAGGCGCCGGCCGGGAUACCGCACCCUGGAGAGAGACCUGAUCCAGCUGCAGCAGCAGCAGCUCUUUCAGAUCUUUGUUGUGGUGUCGCUGAGAAAAGGCUCCUCUGGAAACACGUACUCUCCUGAAAUCACACAACAGUUCCCCAAAAUGUUUGAGAAAUCGUCCCGCCUUUCCAGAGAAGCUGAGGAUCAGCUGAACGUGAUUCCCAAGUUCUGCUUUCCUGAUGCUCAGGACUGGAAGCCCUCUGCACAAAUGCCAAGCGAGACCUUCUCCUUCGUCCUGACUGGAGAAGACGGGAGUCGCUGGUUUUGUUACUGCCGUAAGAUCCUGCCCAGCGGAAAGGGGAAGAGGCUUCCUGAGGUGCACUGUAUCGUCAGCAAGCUGGGCUGUUUUGACCUGUUUGCAAAGAUUCUGGAAGAGGUGGAGAGACGUAGAGAAAUGUCUGCAGCGCUGGUUUAUCCGUUCAUGCGUAGUGUGAUGGAGGCCCCGUUUCCAGCCCCUGGACGCACAGUCACCGUUAAGAGCUUCCUCCCCGGCUCUGGGAAUGAGGUUCUGACCUUGUGUCGACCGGUGGACUCCAGACUGGAGCACGUGGACUUCGGCAGUCUGCUGCAGUGCGUCAGUGUGGGGAAGCUCCUGCAGGUGUUCGCCUCCCUGCUGCUGGAGAGGAGGGUCAUCUUUGUCGCCGACAAGCUCAGUGUGUUGUCCAGAUGUAGCCACGCGGCGCUAGCCCUGCUGUACCCGUUCACUUGGCAGCACACGUUUGUGCCGGUGCUACCAGCUAGCAUGCUGGACAUCAGCUGUUCCCCAACACCAUUCCUCAUCGGGGUGCUGGCCCCGUGCCUGCCGCAGCUGCUGGAGCUGCCCAUAGAAGAGGUGCUCAUAGUGGAUCUGUGUGCAGACCGGUUUGUCGUUCAGCUGGGCGAUGAAGACUGCAUCCUGCCCAGUAAGCUGCAGGCGGCGCUGCAGCAGAUCCUGGAGGACAGAGAGGAGAUUCUGAGGCAACAAGACGGCGACUCGAGUGGAGACCAGCAGGCCGGCCUGAGCGCCCUGGUGUCGGAGGCUUUUGUCAGGUUUUUCGUGGAGCUGGUUGGCCACUAUCCUCACCACAUGGUAGAGUCCUCCAACGGAAUCAAGGAGCUUCAGCGCGACAAUUUCCGCAAAUCCCACCCAUCUCGCGGAGUCCGGCAGCUCCUGCAGCUCUUCAUGGACACCCAGAUGUUUGCCGGUUUCAUUCAGGACAAAGAGCUGCGCAAGGGAGGAGGAAGAGGGCUUUUUGAAACGCGAGCAGCUGCGUAUCUGGAUUCAUACCCAGAGUCUGAGCCAUGCGGGGUGAACAAAUUCCUCAAGGGACUGGGAAACAAGAUGAAGCUGCUGCAGAUUAAAUAAAAAAGAUCUUAAGAAGAAAACGCAGCGCGUGUUUCUGCUGGAGGGAAUAGAAGUGGAUGCAUGUGGACCAUAAGGAGUUUUAAGGCAACCAUCAUCGUAAUUCCCUGCACUUCCUACUGGAUGGAAACUGGGAAGAGUUUAGUCUUCUGGAGCUUUGAGAGUGGACGCAACGUUCCAGCUACCGAGGUUCUCACCUGACCUGUUUACGAUCAUCUCAACGGUUUACCUGGUUUCGCAUCAGGCUUGUAUAAAUGAUGAAUAUUAUGGUUCCAACCUUGAGGACGUUUUUAUACUUUAACAGUGUUUUUAUUAUUUUCAUCUCCUUUUCUCCUUGUUUACAUUUCAGAGUUCAUUAAGUCCGACUAGAAUCUCAAAUGGGUUUUUUUUUGUGUAAAAACACAUUUUUUGUCUGAGUUAUUUGUAAUCAACUUGUUUACUAGAUUUUCUUAAAUAUUCUUUUAAAUUUGCACAUGUUCAGAACCAUUGUACAGUAUUUGUAAUUUUUUAAAUAAAGCAUGAAAUGUC